ACUAGUCUUCGUCCACCAUUUCUCCAGCCUCGGGCUUCAAGCCCUUUGGCCGAGAAAGCGAGGCCUAAUGUUACACCAUUGGUCAGUUCUCCCUCGGUUUCGGUGUCCAACCGGGAAGCUUUCAGAUAGGAUCCUCAGUGAGACGGCACUCGAUUGAAUCGGUCUGUCUCUACAGCCCAAAGAGGCGGGUUCGCUGCAGCUGCUCUAAGGCCAAAGCGCGAGUUUAUCUUAUUGCGCACGCGCACUAGACAGCCGAUGGAGCCACCAAUGGAGCCGUCCGGAGGGGAGCAAGAACCCGGAGCCGUCAGGCUCCUGGACCUGCCCUGGGAAGACGUGCUGCUCCCACACGUCCUGAACCGGGUCCCGCUGCGCCAGCUGCUUCGGCUGCAGCGCGUUAGCCGGGCCUUCCGGGCGCUCGUACAGCUGCACCUAGCCGGGCUGCGCCGCUUCGAUGCCGCUCAGGUGGGUCCACAGAUCCCGCGUGCUGCAUUGACCCGGCUACUGCGGGACGCCGAGGGCCUGCAGGAGCUGGCGCUGGCGCCAUGUCACGAAUGGCUAUCGGAUGAGGACCUGGUACCGGUGCUGUCACGGAACCCGCAGCUACGGAGUGUGGCACUGGCCGGCUGCGGGCAACUGAGCCGCCGCGCGCUGGGAGCUCUAGCCGAGGGCUGCCCCCGCUUGCAGCGCCUGUCGCUGGCGCACUGUGACUGGGUGGACGGGCUGGCGUUACGAGGCCUCGCUGACCGCUGCCCUGUCCUGGAGGAGCUGGACCUCACUGCCUGCCGACAGCUCAAGGAUGAGGCCAUCGUGUACCUGGCGCAGAGACGCGGCGCCGGCCUCCGCAGCCUCUCUCUGGCUGUCAACGCCAAUGUCGGGGACGCGGCGGUCCAGGAGUUGGCUCGGAAUUGCCCUCAACUUGAGCACCUCGACCUCACUGGCUGCCUCCGCGUCGGAAGCGAUGGCGUCAGGACAUUGGCCGAGUACUGCCCAGCACUGCGCUCUCUGCGGGUGCGGCACUGCCACCAUGUGGCUGAGCCCAGCCUGAGCCGAUUGCGGAAGCGCGGUGUGGACAUCGACGUGGAGCCUCCGUUGCACCAGGCCCUGGUGCUGCUGCAGGACAUGGCGGGCUUCGCACCCUUUGUCAACCUGCAGGUCUGACCCUCCUGCCAAUGGAAGCACAGCUGGACUGUGUGGCUGGGCCUGACAGUGAGCUGUAGGGAAACUGAACUGUGGGACCUCUGGUGAGAGGCCAGCGCCCCUGCCCCACCUGGAACUUCAAAUAAAGAGCUUUUUACCCUU